CCUGGCAGAAUCGAAAGCGAGAGGUGUUAUGGAAGAACAUGUGGAAUAGACAAAACGUUAGGAUAUACCGUUGCUCCAGACGUCAAAUAAUUUGACUCAUCUAAAAAAAAAAGGAUUUUAUUGUACUCCUAAAUUUUAAGAAAUCACUGUUUGAAAAAAGAAUCCUGUGUAGUUUAAAAGAAUAUUAUAAGGUACAAAAGAAAUCAACGUUAGCAUCAAACCUGGAGUUGCAUUAUCCCUAAACAACGUUUUUCUGUAAACCACCUGUAUUCGGGUGAUUCUUUUUGAGCUAAAAGUAUUGACAGGAAACGAGCUUCAGAUUUUCAACUUAUGUUCAAAAUAGUAAAUAAUUAUCGUUUGAUAUUUUUUUCAAUGAUAAAGUUGAAUGCUCUUUCAUCGAUUUGAAGGCGCCAUGCGGUUCUGCUGACAGUCUUAUUGCCCAAGCCUUAUUUCAUUGUUAAUAAAAUAGUUCAUCUUUUAGAUUCCUUAUUUGGACGAGACUGGAGGAAUUCUUGAUAACUAUUCCAGCGAAUGAAGACUUGCAAUGUGGGCAGUGCGCCCGGCCUAUCAUGACAAUGAUGCCCCCAUGGAUUUGCGUAAAAAAGUGGUGCUGGAAAGAAAUAUAGAAGAAUCUCGCAAUUCUUCAUCAGUAUUAUUAGCUAAGAACACCACACAUCAGUACAAAAAGAAUUGGCACCAACCGCCUAUACUACCUGUUGCCAGUUUAUAUCCUUUUGUUUCCGAAAGGUAUGGCGGACAAUGUUCCAUAGUCAGUCCUGAUGAAAACAGAGUUCAUGAUAUCAGGCAUGGCAGCAGGGGGAGUCUGGAGACAGCUAUCAGGAAACUUCAUCAUAACAGGCAGUUAAAACGAGUCUAUGAAAGCCCAAGGACAAAAAGAAGCAGAUCGGCUGAUGCAACAUCUGAUAAUGGCAAAAGUGCCCUGAACAUCAAACGCCCUCCACGUUCAUCUAGCUGCCCCAAUUUCACAAUCAUCAAGCCAGCACCUGUCAAAUCUCGAUCACCUAUCAAACCUAAAUCUUACUUCAUACAACGAUCUUCAGGACAUUUAUUUGAUUCGGAUUCGAACUCUAAUUCGAUAGCCAACAGCUAUCAUCGGACGUAUGAAAGUUAUCGCGCUAACUCCCCUGUCACAGGAGGUGCCAAGAAAAGAAAAUCAUUUGUUCCUGUUUAUGGUGACCGCUGUGUUUCUCCAAAAAGAAUAUACGACGAUCCAGUAUCCCCACCCAGGAGAUUUUAUGACGAUAGGACGUCAUCACCAAGAGAAUCCUACUUGGAUCGCCCAUUAUCUCCGAAAAGAAGAGCAAUUUCGCCAGACCCACCACCUGAAGAAUACUAUCCCCAUUCCGAAGUACUUCUGAGAAGGCAGCUACAGCAACAUACUCCACCAGCUUAUCUAGUACAUGUGUACGACUAUUAUCAACAGUUAGUACAGAGAUUACGAGAGCAACAUUCUCCUGGUGUUCGCUUGCCUCCUCCUAUGUCGCCAAGCUCAGUUGAAGAUGACAUGCAACCAGAUUCUCAGAGAAAAAGACCUUGUCGAGCUCUGACUGGAAAACAUGUCCGGCAAGGUACAGGUGCCAGUUUAACUACACUUUUGACCCUAAGGCAAAAAAUACAGGAAAGGCAGAAGGCCAAGGAACACGAACCUCACAAUGGUUUUAAUGGGAGCAGCAAUAAAACUAUGCUACAAAAAAAGAAUAAACCCCAAAAAAUUAAGCCUGUCAUGAAAAAUAUGUUAAGUCGAGUUCAGCAUUGUUGAGUACAUUUUUAUACCGAUUUUUGGCUAGAAAAUAUUUCUUGAAAUCUUUAUUGCAAAAGUUGGAAACAUGAAAAUAGUGCUUAGUGUUGACAUGAAAUUUGUAUAUCUCUAUUAUUUCCUUCCAUAGCUUAAAAUGGAAUAAUUUUUGCCUAAAAAAAGAACAAGCUUUUAGGAUACAUAAAAGAAUUUUAGUAACAGUGAAACCCGUGUUUGUUGAACCACUAGUGGAUCAACUUAUAAUAAAAGGGGAAUUUGUUAUUCCCAAUUUGGUAUUUGAUUAAGAUCAACUUAGGUAAUCGUUUUUCUGAAGGUCAACUUAACAGAUUUCACUGAAUAUAAAUAAUAAAUUUAAUAAAAAUAUGUCUUUAAAAUUGUUCAAGUGAAUUAAAUUCUCUUUUUUAAUUUAGUAAACUUGUAUGCAAAAUUAUAUUAAUUUAUUUUAUAAAAAAAAUUGACAAUUGUCUUAAAGAUUGUACUUCUAUUUGUGGAUUUAAAAACACAUAUUUCGAUUUAACUAAUUUACCUGUGUCUAUUCUUUUGUCAAAAUGUUACAGUGCAUGAUCAAGGAGUGAGCCUUUGAUUUUUUUCUUUUCGAUGUAAACUUUUACUUCAUUCCUUGUAACUGGAAAGACGUUUAACUGGUACUAUUACAUUGCGAAUGCUGUUUGUUCAUCUUUGAAGGAAAAAAUCUUGAUUCUUAACCCGGAAUGGAAAGUAGACUCUUUUUAAUGUUAAAAAAGAUUGAGGCUAAUAUUUAUGCUUUGGCUAUUAGGUUGGUUAAUAGUGCUACGUCACAAAAUGAAAAAAAAAACAUGCAUCGUUGUCUAUUGCAAUAGCUAGAAAUUUAAUGUUACAGCUAUUUAUGAAACACAUUAUUUACAAUUCUCACAACUUAUUAUUUCAUCAAUUACAUCAAAAUUUUAAAUCAUUAAAUUUUUUUGUUUAUUUUUAUAAAAUAUAAAACUUGCUUCUCAACACUAAUGCUAUGUGGUUGGUAUUUUAAGCAUCCUCUUUUUUCGUUACUAAAAAAUUAAUAUUUAUUUUUUUAGCAAUAGUAAUAGGAAGAAUGUGGAAUCCAAUCAAAACUUCACAUGAACCAAAUAUUAAUCUUCUAUGAAUGAGUGUUAAUUGUAGAGCUCAGUAUGCAAUGUAAAAUUUUGUUUCAAAAUUAGACCAGGAAAUCAUGCUUGUUUACUGGUAUUUUGGCUGUCCACUAUUUUUAUAUAUAUAUUUCUAGCGAAAGUAAAAUCAUAAAAAUGAUCAAAAUUACCUGUAAGUAUUUUCGUAUAAUCCCUUCCUUUACAAAAUGGAAAAUGAUUAACCGAUUCAUUACAAAUAUCAUAAUAUCUACGUAACAAUAAAACACAUCAUGAAUAUUAGAAGCCGUCAAGAUACACUUCAUUUCAAUAAAGCUUAGUUGUAUUUUUAUACAAUUAUAAUUUUACUUGUUGCACUGCACUAUCUUCAAUGUCAAGUUUAAAAUCUUUCGUUCCCAUUUUAAAAUUAUAUUAACAAUAUAUUUUUAAUUUUCAAACUGAGUUUCUAAUCCAAUGACCAUUAAUAAAAUUUUUAUUUACAUAAAUAUUUUUCAAACUUAGCCAAUAUCUAAUAUAUUUUUUAAAUUGAAUAUAUAUAAAUUUGUACAAGAGGCAUUUGGUGUUAGGCUACCACCUGAUUUUGUAAAGCUUGAUAUUUUUGUAUUGAAUAGAACUAUAUUUUAUUUCAUAACCAUUUUAAAAGUGCCUCAAUUUUAUAAGCCAGGUGCACUAAGCCAUUCCAUUAUGUUGAGAAAGAGAAAAGUGAGAUUUACAAACUUUCUCUUAGAGAUUAGUAUGAAGCUAAAAUCAAAAAACAAUGUGUUUGGUUAAUAAAAAUUUCCGACCAAUUUUUGCUUUUGUAGAAUACAUGGUGAAAGGAUACUUGUAUAUUUUCUAUACUAUAAUGUGCAUUUUAUAUGUUUGUAUAUAAAACUGUCUUCCUAUUGUAUUGCUUUUUGUACUGUGACAUUUUCAGACGUAUUUAUUUUUUAAAGGAAGAACAAAUAUUUUCAUAAGUAUUUAUUGUAUUGACCAUUUUAUAGCUUCAAAAUUGCCAGAAUAGUAUAUCAACUUUUUUUUCAUUUAAAAGUUCGUUAUUUUAUGGCACUGCUUACUGGGACAGCUAUGAAUUAAUGUUUUCAAAAUAAUAACCAUCAAUAAACUGAUGAUCUUGUAAAUCAGUUGAAAUGGCCUUAACAUACAGCAGAAAAAAUUAUUUUAUAGUUAUUAGCACUAUCUGUUUACAAACUAAUAAUGCUAUAACAAAUUUUAAAAUUUGUUGAAAAGCCUGGUUUUCAAAGUAAAAAACCAUGCGUUUUUAUGCAUGCUUCUUUCAUUUUUUAAAUCAUCUUUAAGAUAUGUAACAUAUUUCAUACAAAUACCUGUAUAAUUAAAGAGUACACAGAGUAUAAUUAAACUUGAAAAGGUUGAUAUUCGUAAAAAUGAAGUAACUUUAAGCUUAAGCUAGCAAUACUUUUAAAAUGUUUCAAGGCAACUGAAAAUAUAAAAUGGUCAUUUUAAUUUAUAGUAUUCAUGUUGAGAUUUUACCUCAUGCACUUUAAAGCAUCAUUCCAGCAUCGAAGCUAUUUAUAUCACUGCAUUUAAAAAAAAAUGUAACAUUUCUGCUUGUUGGCAAAUUAAAUCUUACUGUCUUUUA